CAGCAGGGAAAUUGUGUGGGCAGCAGCAGCCAGUCAUCCAGUCAGCUAGCCAGUUAGUCAGUCAGCCAGGUUGAAACAGUUAAAUUAUGAAAACGUAUACAAAACUUGUCCGUAUUCGCCGCAUCACUCAAUUCGCCGCCUGAGAGCGAAGGAUUAGAAAAAAUUGUGUGUCCUUUGGUGUCGACGUGUCGAAGCGAAAAGUGAAAGGAGCCUGCCAUUAUCGAUUUGUGUGUAUUUGUAUGUGCGAGCAACAACACUGCGGACCUCUCACCCACACGUCGAAAGCAGCAGGAUAUUCUUGUGGCAGUAGGAUCUGCAGCAGCAGUAAUAGCAACUAAAACAUUAGCAACUGCAAUAUCUGCAGUAGCAACAACAGCAACCGCAGCAACCUCAAGACAAACACCACUCUAAACAUACAUAAUGGCGAGUGGCGGAGAUCCCAAGUGGCAGAAGGAUGCAGCCGACCAGAACUUCGACUACAUGUUCAAGCUGCUCAUCAUCGGCAACUCCAGCGUGGGCAAGACCAGUUUCCUCUUCCGCUACGCCGAUGAUAGCUUUACAUCCGCCUUCGUCUCCACGGUGGGCAUUGACUUCAAGGUGAAGACCGUCUUUCGGCACGACAAGCGCGUUAAGCUCCAGAUCUGGGACACUGCUGGACAGGAGCGGUACCGUACUAUUACCACAGCCUACUAUCGUGGAGCGAUGGGUUUCAUCCUGAUGUACGACGUUACUAACGAGGACAGUUUUAAUUCGGUGCAAGAUUGGGUAACACAGAUCAAAACCUAUUCGUGGGACAAUGCCCAGGUGAUUCUGGUGGGCAACAAGUGCGAUAUGGAAGACCAGCGUGUGAUCAGCUUUGAACGUGGUCGUCAGUUGGCUGAUCAAUUGGGCGUAGAAUUCUUCGAGACGUCUGCUAAGGAGAACGUUAAUGUCAAGGCUGUGUUCGAACGCUUAGUGGACAUCAUAUGCGACAAGAUGUCCGAGAGUCUGGACGCAGAUCCAACGUUAGUGGGCGGUGGGCAGAAGGGACAGAGGCUGACGGAUCAGCCGCAAGGCACGCCCAAUGCCAACUGCAACUGUUAGAGACCCGAUAAGGGAGGAUUGGAGGACAGGAGGAUCCUGCAGCACCACAACAAACCACAUUCGUAACAACCAUAGACAACAGAAUUUGAAAACUAGCUAAUUAGUCAGCAUUGAACAGGGGAUUGCAGCAAAUCCUUCAGUAAGCCGAUGAUGACGGUUCGGAUAUCGAUGAAAAGAUAAUGAUGAUAUAGUCGUGCAUGCCCCUAACUGAGGGGGUGUGGCACAGUGUUUAUAUCGAUAUGUGUAUGUAUAUCCUUUGCGUUCGCUCGCCUCAGUGUAAAUGUCAAAUGUUAUUUAAUCCGAUGUUUGAAUUGUAAUUUGUAACUUGUAACUGGUAAUUUGUAAUUGGUAAUUUGUAACCUGUAAUUUAAUUGGCUGGCCGAAGUGAGGCAACAUUUGUUGAGUGUGUAAAUUGUGUUGAAUUUUAUUCGAAUUGAGAGAUCGAUAUCGAGAUCAGGAAAUUGAAAAAGAGCAAAGAAUUUAACGAAAGUCCGAUUUGACGGUGAUUCGGCACUAAUUAAGCAUGCACCCCCGAGUGCUGAUUAAAGUCAUUUGAUUAGCGACCCCAACAUAUGGCGGUCCAGAGGUCAGGAGGUCAGUCAGCACGAGUAUUUCGAACCGUUCUCCACAUCCACAUGUAUAUACGCUGGCUAAACUGUACAGUUUGAGAUGCUUGACGAAACGCACAAAGCUAGCGAAUCGGUGAAAUCGAACAGACAACUAACUAUAUAGUACACCACCCUCCCACUCACACAAACACACACGCCCAUGUAUAUGUAUGGAUACACAACAAAGCAAAGAGCACUGAAAACAAAUACACACACACACACACAAACAAACACACACCGGAAACGGAUAUAGUUAAAACCCAAAUCCCUGGCUUGGAGCAUUCUAGCAAACACAAAACAAAACCCGGCUGAGUGGUAAGCCGUUAUUAUUAAAUAUUAUGAUUAUUAUUAUUAUGUACGUAUGUAUUUAUGUAGUGAAAUGGAAAAUUUUAAUGUGUUGCAAAUGAUAAAAGAAAUAUAUACAACAAAUAUACAUGUAUCGUAUAGAGAA